UUGUUGUUUGACGAAAGGUUAUUGCUAUAAAGAAAUCUCGACGGAAUACUAUAAUUGUGGACAAAAAGAGGUGUACGAAGACAUGUUAAGGCAGACUUUUGAUAUUCAGAUAUCCCAUUUCAAAAGCAUGGAUCUCAGUCAAAAUCUUAUAUGUGAGAGCUGUAUAACAAACCUCCAACAAGCACAUGCUUUCAAACUAACAGUAUUGAGAAGUGAAGAAAUGAUUAUAAAAUAUUUCAAGGAAAUACAGAGAAAUCAGGACUGUGAAGACACGAAAACGUACUCAGAACUGAAUGAGGUAACAAUAAAACGAGAAUUCGUGCACGAGGAGGAACAAAAGUUGCUUGCAGACAUCAAAUUGGAAUUAACUAAAGAACAAACACCGGUUAAAAGAAAACGAAAAUCUCGGGACCUAAGAGCAAAGAAGAAAUCUAAAAUUAAAGACGAUAGUGUUUCAAAAAAGCUGAAACAAGAAAAAGCGGAAAAAGACUGGAUAAAAAUAGCUGAACGACGAGGCAAUGGACCCAUUCUUAGAGAAAACUCGCUGAAACUAAUAGCUAAUUCUACAAUAUGCGUUUUCCAAUGGAACAAGAGUCGCUACAGAUGUUUUUGCUGUAAAGAACCGUUUUCGGACAUGAAUUUACUACGGGAACACACAAAUACCAGUCACAGUGUAGAAGAAAUAAGAAAAAUUAUUAUAAUGCAACAAAAUCGCCUAGUCAAAGUCGAAAUUUCGCUGGUAAUCUGCAAAAUAUGCAAUAAAAGGUUUGAUAGUUUAGACUUCCUACGAGUGCACUUGGAAAUUCAUGGCGUAAAAUUUGAUAUAAACGAAGAUUUACUGGUCCCCUUCAAGAUUGGUGCAAAUUUGAACUGUCAAAUUUGUGGUGAAAGCUUUCCCAUGUUUCGGCAUUUAAACAUUCACAUGAAUAAGCAUUUCCAGAAACAGGUUUGUCAUAUCUGUGGAGCUGCAUUUUCGAAUUUAGUCUUUUUAAAUUUGCACAAAACCAGAUCGCACAGACCGCUGAGUUGCAAAGAAUGUAAUAUCAAUUUUAACAAUAAAAUGGACAAGAAAGAUCACGACGUAAAUGUGCACAAUCUUAAAAUUGAGAGAAAAUUGCGGUUCCCCUGCCCGUAUUGUUCUGAACGGUUCUUUCAAGAGAAUUUUCGCGUUCAACAUUUAGUUGAAAAACACGGGAUGAUCAGACCGGAGCAUAAAUGUUCAUUAUGCUCUAAAGUGUUUAUAACAAAGAGUUUGCUUAACAAUCAUGUGAAAAAUGUUCAUAUGAAGGAGAAAAAUCAUGAAUGCGACGUUUGCCAUCAUCUUUUUUAUACCAAGUCUGAUGUAGCAAGGCAUAAAGUUACUCAUACGGGAGAAAAAAAGUUCUCUUGCAACAUGUGCAAUACUCUGUUUUCCUCUAGAGAUUCUUUGAGACGUCACAUUAAAAGGACACAUGCUGGAAUGAACUGAAAUAAAAUAGAUUAUUUCGUCUGUUUAGAGGUAAAACCAUAUAAGUGACAUUUUCCACAAAAAGGCUUUAAUUCAUAUAGCUAUGGUAAGAAAAUCAUAGCUAUAAACUUAAUAAGAGUUUUAUCUGCAAAAAGAUGGUGAAUUUUUUACAACUGGUAAAUAAAUUAGAGAUUUUUUUGUGGAAAAUGUUACUUAUGUGGUUUUACCUUUAAGCGGUGAUUUAUUAUACACAUUUGAGUUUUAUUUAUACAUAUUAAACACUAUUUCGGGUGCACGAGUCUCCCCACGCAACGUACUAUUCCUUUCCUGUUCGUC